CUGGGCAAGACUAUAUUGGUAUUGGAAAAACGAUCGAGUUCACCCCUGGUACAACAAUGCAAACCUUUCGUGUGACCAUUCUUGACGAUUUGGGACAACCACAUUUGGAAGGUCCAGAAUCAUUUGAACUGGUUUUGCGAAUGCCUAUGAAUGCUGUAUUAGGAGCUCCUGAUAAAGCUACCGUCUUUAUUAACGACUCUUCUUCAGACUUGCCAAAAUUUCAGUUUAAAGAUUCUGAGUAUGUUGUAUUUGAAAAUGACAGCCGACUAAACACUAUGGUCAUCAGAACAGGUGACUUGAAGCAUCCUGCUGCUGUCCGUUGUUACACUCGCCAAAUGACUGCCAAAGCAGCAAUUGAUUACCACGAAAGACCAAAUACAGAUGACAGUCUUAUUGUUUUUCAACCUGGUGAAAUUGAAAAAGUUUGUUCAGUUGACCUUAUAGAUGAUACUGUUUUUGAAGGAGAUGAAAAUUUUAGAUUAGUAUUAGGUUCACCUGUUAGCAAAUCCGCUCAGGGCGCAAUUGUGGGACAUAGAAAUGUUACAUUUGUUACUAUUAAAGACGUGAGUGACAAAUCAAUUAUACAACUGGAAAGAAAUCGAUACACAAUCAAAGAACCGCAAGAUCCUAAAGAAACUUCAAUAUUGCAAAUUCCUGUAAUAAGAACGGGUGAUCAAUCAAAACUUUCUCGAAUCAGAGCACAUACUAAAGAUGGAUCUGCUAAAUCUGGAAUUGAUUAUGUUCCUUAUUCAAAAGAAUUGAAGUUCAAGCCUAAUGUAUCUCAACUCAUGGUUGAAAUUGAAAUUUUGUACGAUGAAGAAAAAGAGCACAGAGAAGCUUUUACUCUUCACCUUAAGCCGGAUAAGAAUAUGGUUGCUGACAUAAAAGAUCCAAAAGCCAUUGUAUACAUUCAAGAAAUGGAUAUUGUUGCUGAUGUCACCUUUCCGAAAAGGCCUAUGAUUGUGUCCCUUCGUGAGUACGACGAUGCUGAGAAAGCUAAUAAAGAGCCUAUAUCUGGCUAUCCUGUAAUUUGCAUAACGCCUUGUAAUCCAAAACAUCCUGAUUUUUCCAAAACUGGUAACAUAUGCUCCAGAGAAGGAAUAGAUGAUGUUUUAACACAGUACCGUUGGAGAGUCUCUGCACCCAGCGGGGAAGAUGGAGUUACCAAUGACCUUAGAGAUGUAGAAUCUAUAACGUUUUUUUCAGGAACUCACAACAUCACUCUAGACAGUAUUUAUUUCUCCUCUGGAAGCCGCGUCCAGUGCAGCGCAAGGGCAGUUAGUAAAGAUGGAGAUCCUGGAUUAGAACUAAUCAGUGUUCCUGUCGUCAUUUCUAAAGAAAGAGGGCUUUGUGCUCCUAGGUUGGAAGGAUCACUUGGUGCUGAGCCUUUCACAGCUAAUUUGAGAUACACAGGUAAAUCCGAUCCAACUCAUCCAAAUCUUAUCAAACUCACAAUAACCAUUCCUCAUUCCGAUGGUAUGCUGCCCGUUAUAUCCACUAGAAAGCUCACGAAUUUCGAACUGACACUAAGUCCAGAUGGAUUAAGAAAAGGCACUCAUAAGUGCUCGAAUCUCUUAGAUUAUUACGAAGUUCCGACCAAGUAUGGUUUUAUUACAAACGAGACGAAGAAUCCGAACAUAAUAGGAGAGGCAGAACCUUAUCAACAUAGUGCAGCUUUGAGAAGCGAACCCACGCUCAGAUUUUAUAGAAAUUUAGAUCUUGAUGCUUGUAUGUGGGAAUUUACAUCUUAUUAUGAUGUAUCAGAACUUGUUAGUGAAUGCGGAGGAACCAUUACAACCGAUGGUCAGGUAAUGAACCUGGUACAAUCAUACGUGUCUAUACGUGUUCCUCUUUAUGUAUCUUACAUAUUCCAUUCUCCGGUUGCCAUGGGUGGUUGGCAACAUAAUGACUUGAGCUCACAACUCAGACUGACAUUUGUUUAUGAUACUGCCAUUCUGUGGCAGCAAGGAAUUGGAGCCCCCGAAGAAUCUGUUUUACAAGGUUAUCUUUAUCCAACAAGAAUGACUAUAGGCCACGAUGGGAAAUUGUUGGUUAAUUUCCGCACGGAGCCAAGGUUUAGGGGACAAUUCGUGCUGAAUCAUCCUGAUUCAGGAUUCCAGUCUAUGAUUAUGUCACCCGCUCAUCCAGAUUUAUCUUUUACUCUCCAACUUCUUCGAACUGAGCCAACAUUUUCACAACCACAGCAGGAAUGGCAGUUUGUCUCUGAUUAUGCGGUUAAAGAUUAUUCCGGGUUAUAUAACGUGAAGCUUAUACCGUGUACUGUCACAGAAGAAAUGCAAUACAGUUACCCACCUCAAUGCAAUCCAAGAGAUCCUGUUGACUUUGAUCUGCACGUAAGAUUUCAACAAGUUAGUGAUCCAGUUCCGACAGAAUAUAGCCUCAACACCCAUCUUCACCUCAUGCGAAAACGAGAUCUGUGGCUUUCCAAUGGAAGCAUGGGAUUUGGAGAGGACAGCGAUGCAUCUUUUGUACCAGGAGAUACCGUUUAUGGACGCGUCAUGAUGGAUCCUUCCCAAGACCUAGGAAGCUCGUUUUUUGUAAACGUAGAAAAAUGUUUCAUCUGUACUGGCGUGGAUGGAUAUGUACCGAAGUAUGAUCCCGAAAACAAUGAAUAUGGCUGCGUUACAGAUUCUGAAAACCUACUUUAUGCUUUUAAAAUCAUAGACAAAGGAGCUCCAAGAUCAGUGGCCACAGAGUUCCGCAAUAUUCCAUUUAAUGCUCUACUUGCCAGAGAUGAUACCGAAAAAGAAGUAGAAAGCCUACUAAAGCAACCAAAUUCUGAUGGAUUUCGUUUUGAUUCUGCUCCCUUGUUCCAGGUAUCUUACGGUAGACAAUGGUUCGUCCACUGCAUAUACACUGUGCGGUCUAAGGAAAAUGCUGCCAGGGGAAUCGGAAAACGCAGUGUAUCUGAUCAGGAAUUGUCAACAAGAAGCAAGCGUUCAUCAGUAAUAUCAAAAGAUCUGGAUAUCGGUGUCAAUGGCAAAGGAACAAACAUGAACAGACUUGUCUUAGACUAUGGAAUAAAGACAAAAAUAAUUAAAAAAUCUGCAGUACUGGAACGACGACCAGAUGUUCUAGAAACAAAUAAGAAUGCGCCAUUCCUUGUCGUAUCUAUUGCUGUUGUAGGAUCGUUGUUUGUCAUUGCGGUGACUGUCCUAAUUUUGUCUAAGAGAGAACAACAAGACGAAAUGUCUUCGCCAUGUCAUACACCAACUAUUGUACGUCAUUCAGCAUCUGGAAAAAAUAGAACUAUUUGUGCUAAAAAUUAUAAUCUCUCCGACGAACAUACGGAAGUGUAACGAAUUGAGCUUUUUAGUAUUCGACAGGAUUAAUGUCAAUUUAAUGACGAUUGUGAGAUAUUAGGAAAAAUAGGUAUUUUGUUCAUGUGUCCGAAUAAAUGUGGUACACAAAAAAUUAUAUAUUUUCUUUAAAGUAAAUAAAUCAAGCCAUGAAUGUUAAAUUCAAUGUUCCAUUUAUUGUUAAAUUUUAUGUUCUGAGUAAAAAUCUUAAGCACCCUUUCUGGUUAUUAUGGGAGUGAUACUUUUUUUUAAUUUCUAUGGUUUAAGAGCUUUGUUGGGUUUUGAAACGUUUUAGUUUGUCGAAUUAUAAACCGUAGUUUUGUUUAUUGAUUUUGCUCAAUAUUAUGUUUUUAAGAAUUUUUAGCAAACUGUAGAAAUUUACUAAUUAUGUGUUUCAGAUUUUAAUAUGAAUAUUGUGUUUUAAAAUAAUAUGCAAUAGAACAACUGUUAAAAUCACUCCAUUUAUAGCUUUCAUAAGACUUUUUACUGUUUUUUUAAAAAUUUAUUAGAUGGAUAUGUGUUGUAAUCUAUUAGAUAAACACUAAAAUUUAACACUAAAAUAAAUUUGCUAUUAAUUGGUAGAGUUUAAGAUAUAUCUUAAUCGCAUGAAUUUAAUUUUUUGAAAACAUAAAAAUAGGUGCCUUGAAAUGAGCAAAAAAAAUUGGUUCAUAUUACUGAGCUCUAUUAGUUUGCUGAAUAUGUAAAUUCAAGGAAAUAAUGUGUUUCAUAAAGUUGAGAAUAAUAACAAAACAGCAAAAGUAAAAUUGAUUGAAGAAAGCUUGAACUUCAUGUAUAUAUAAUUCAUAUUCGUAUCAUUUUAUGAUUUUUGAAUUAUGAUGUGUGAAAUUUAAUUUCGUAUAUUUAUUCAUUUUUAUUCAAGACACUCUGUUUAAGUUGGUGCUGCCUUUUUAGUGUUAUAAGUGGUCAAGAUUCAUAUUGUUGUGUGUUUAUGUUUUAUUAUUUUUAUGAUAAAAUUAAAACUGUGUUUAUUUUGUUUUAA